UAUUUCACCGGCUCUGGGAAGAAGCUAAGGCUCAGCGAUCUGGCCGCGCCCGGUUUUGAGCGAGAGAUCUGGGCUGGGUGGACUCCGGAGGCUGCGCUCUUAUCUAGGAAACCGUGGGUUUAAAAAAAAAAACAAAAAAAACCUUUUACUGAAGAAACACAUUUGCUGGCAUAGCUUCAGAAUGUCAAGUCCCGUGUCCUACUGGAUCUUAAAUUCUGCGAGGAACAGCAUUGCCACAUUACAAGGGGGCAGGCGUUUAUAUUCAAGGUGCGUCUCAAGUAGGAAUAAAUCAAAAAGGACGCUCUUUUCCUGGGUACCCACCACCCUAAAAAGCAAUGCCCCAUGUGGUGGCUUCGCUCUGCCGAAAGCCUGCAGACACACAUCGACAGAGGAAGACGAUUUCCACCUGCAGCUCAGCCCUGAGCAAGUGAACGAAGUGUUGCGAGCCGGCGAGUCAGCCCACAAGAUUCUCGACCCCGUCAGCGGAGUCCCAAAUUCGGUGCUGCGCUUUGAGAGCAACCAGCUGGCUGCCAAUUCCCCCGUGGAGGACCGGCGAGGGGUGGCCUCCUGCCUGCAGACCAACGGGCUGAUGUUUGGCGUCUUCGACGGCCACGGCGGCCACGCGUGCGCUCAAGCAGUAAGCGAGAGGCUCUUCUACUACGUGGCAGUGUCGCUGAUGUCUCAGCAGACCUUGGAGCAGAUGGAGGGAGCGAUGGAGAGCAUGAAGCCCAUGCUGCCCAUCCUGCAGUGGCUCAAGCACCCCGGGGACAGUAUCUACAAGGAUGUGACGUCCGUGCACCUCGAUCACCUCCGGGUUUACUGGCAGGAGCUGCUGGACCUGCACAUGGAAAUGGGCCUGAACGUGAAGGAAGCACUGAUGUACUCCUUCCAGAGACUCGACUCCGACAUCUCCCUGGAAAUCCAGGCCCCUUUGGAAGACGAGAUGACAAGGAACCUUUCACUCCAGGUUGCUUUCUCUGGGGCAACAGCUUGCCUGGCCCACGUGGAUGGGGUUCACUUGCACGUGGCAAAUGCUGGUGACUGCCGGGCCAUCCUCGGUGUCCAGGAGGACAAUGGCCUGUGGUCUUGUCUGCCCCUCACCUGCGACCACAAUGCCUGGAACCAGGCUGAGCUGUCACGGCUGAAGAGGGAGCAUCCCGAGUCAGAAGACAGGACCAUCGUCAUGGACGACAGGCUGCUGGGCAUCCUCAUGCCCUGCCGGGCAUUCGGGGAUGUCCAGCUGAAGUGGAGCAAAGAGCUGCAGCGCAGCGUCCUGGAGAGGGGCUUUGACACCGAGGCCCUCAACAUUUACCAGUUCACCCCCCAACACUACUACACUCCACCCUACCUGACUGCGGAGCCUGAGAUCACGUACCACAGGCUGAGGCCCCAGGAUAAGUUCCUGGUGCUGGCGUCAGAUGGCCUGUGGGACGUGCUGGACAAUGAGGAUGUGGUGAGGCUGGUGGUGGAGCACCUCGGCGAAGCAGGUCGGCACAAGCCGAACCUGGCCCAGCGACCGGCCAACCUGGGCCUCAUGCAGAGCCUGCUGCUGCAGAGGAAAGCCCAGGGGCUCCACGUUGCCGACCAAAACGCAGCCACACGUCUGAUCAGACAUGCCAUCGGGAGCAACGAGUACGGGGAGAUGGAUCCCGAGCGGCUGACCGCGAUGCUGACGCUGCCAGAGGACUUGGCCAGAAUGUACAGGGAUGAUAUCACCGUCACCGUGGUGUAUUUUAACUCAGACUCAAUCGAUGCAUAUGAUAAGAGAGGUUAAGAAUGUCUCAUCCUGUUGCCAGGGUUGAUUUAAAUGUUCUAAGAUAGUUUCACUUAUUCUUAAACUGGCUGUUCAAACCUGUUAAAAGGGCAGUAGGUGUAGUAGUUUGCUUAAUAAUAGACUAAUGUGAGAAGAAAAGAGAACAAGCAGCCUAAGUUUAAAAAUAACAGCAGCGAUUUCAGUCCCUGGGUGUUUUGGUCACCUCUUCUAAGCAGAGAGAACAGAGCAUGGAGACAUAAAAUUUGCUUGAGCUCAUGUAGCCCGAUCCUUGUAUAAAGAAACUGUUGUUAAACUGUGUCAGCUUGACCCUCCAAAUGGUAAAUUAAAAAAAAAUAAAAAAAAUGUUUUUAUUUAUUUUAGAGAGAGGGAAAGGGAGAAGGAUAGAAGCAUCGAUGAGAAAGAAACAUCAAUUGGCUGCUCCAGCACACCUCGAGCCUGACCAGCAAUCGAACCUAGGACCUCUUGCUUCAUGGGUCGAUGCUCAACCAUUGAGCCACCCUGGCUGGGCUCCAAGUGGUAAAUUUAAUCACAAUUCUAAACACAAAGAACUUCAGGAUCUUCUGAGGUUUUGCUGCAAAACUGCAAACUUGAUAAUUUUCCUCAGUCCAUAAUCAUGGACUUCCAGACUAUGAAGGGAGGUUUUGUUUAUUUGAUUGUUUUAAUUCCUAAGACCUAGGUUUACAAAUGCAAUAUUCUAUGCAAUAUUCUAGCCUUUCCUAUGCAAUAUUCUAGCCUUUCUCAUGAUUAUACUUGUGAAAACAUUUUGUAGUGCUGCAUUCUAGUCCUAUUUUAGUUUAUUUUCAAACUGAGUCCUCAAACUUGCCAACAGGCCUGCUGUCAGCAUGCUUGGAAUGACCUGACUUGGUUUCCAGCUGAGGGUGAGGGGAGCUAGGCUCUGGACCAGCGGAAUUUACUUGUAUGGCUUUUGGUUCUUCCCACUGGAGCCUAUCCCCUGAACUUUUGAGCCAUAUUGGGAGGUAACCUCUGUCUAAGCCUUAACUCCUGGUCUUUCCUGCGUUAAUAUUGUCUCCAGGGUUUAAGCCUCUGGGGGUUUAGUCAUAGUAGUUAGCCAUUCUGGUUCUACCUCUCAAACAUUCUUCCGUUAAUUCCUGUCCUUUCUAAGCUGAGCUCCCUCAUCCUGCUGCUUCUACUUGCAAAGAAUGCUUCCAUUUCACAUGGUUGCAGGGAAGGAGAAAAUGUGCUCUCAUGUCAGCCGAUUGGGCAGGACUGGUUUAUUGCGGUGGAUUAUAGACUUAAGAUUCUGCCUGAAUCUGGAGAAGUGAAACAGGAAGGACCUGAGAGUAGUCACUAACCAAGGCUCCCCCCUGUGCACCCCAAGGGAGCAGAGGGAGAUUUAUCAGAUGGGACACUCCCCUAGAAGGUGGGAUAAAUCACAUUGCUUCUCCUCAGGAACUGGACCAUAUAUAGCAUAGGAGUGGGGGCAAAAAUAAAUAUAACCUGUAAUGGCUUCUGUGGUCUACACAGACUUGUGUCAGUUGGAAAAUGUUGAUCCUUUUUUGUGAGAUGAGUUUCAUGUGAUGAAUUAUGGUGGCGUUUAAGCAACAGGAAAUGUGUCCCUAAAUGGAUGCACAAAUAAAAUCCCACAAAACUGACAUUUUUAUCCUCCUGUACUAUAUUACAGGAGGAUAAAAGUUGAUCCCUCCCCUCAUCUCACCCCCUCAUGCCAUGCCCCGAAAGAAAAGCAAAUAACUAGGAUUGACUUCCUCAUGUUUGUCCAUGUUCCAGAGACAUUCAUUCAAGUGUCACUAUACUUCUAGCCUGGGGACAAGCAGAUAACUAGGAUUGACUUCCUCAUGUUUGUCCAUGUCCCAGAGACAUUCAUUCCUGUGUUGGUAUAUUUCUAGCUUGGGGAUGUUUCCCUGCAGGUUUUCAGUGCAACUGGUUAGCAAUAGGGCUUCAUUUUAACAAGUUCUCUUUUGAGUGCUUAAGCUUGGUUCUUUUAUUCUGAAGCCACUAGUAUCCCUUCUAAUCUAGAUCUUAACUCAGAAGUAAAACAUGAAUCACUGCCAUUCUGCUCCCCUGAAGGUAUGUUGCUAGAGCCAAAGACUGCUUGUCUGACAACCUUUGCUCUGCACGCCCACUAAACCCCGGUGCACUCUGGGAGCAUUUACUUGGAUUACAGAGCAUGAAUCGUGUUUUGGAGCCAGCAGGGUCAUAAAUGUAUCCGAUUGGGUAAUUUGUGAGACAGCCAAGAGAAUACAGGCACCCCAGUUGCUUCUCCAAGCAUAUAUUGUUGUUUUUUUCUGCCUAAUUAGAAAGAUGUCCUGCUUUCUAAUUGGUAUAUUGAGAGGGAAAAAAGGCCAGUGUAUUGGCUGCCUUUUCCACUGUGAACUCUUAUUAGCUCUUUUUUUUUUUUUUUUUUUUUAAGGUAGAGACUGACUUUUAUUUUUUAAUAUAUUUUUGUUGAUUUUAGAGAGAAAGGGAGAGGGAGAAAGGAAACAUCAAUGAUGAAAUAGAAUCAUUAAUUGGCAGGUUUCGGCACUCCCCACACUGAGGAUCGUACCAUGACCUCCUGGCUCAUAGGUCGAUGCUCAACCACUGGGCUCUUGUCACCUCUCUCUGAAUGCACCAAGGGGUGCCUCCCUGCCCAGAGUUCUGCUGUCAUUGACCUUCCCGAAGCACAUGGGCUCCUGCUUGAGAAGGGGUUGGUGGUACUUAUCAGGUCUUCCAACACAUUUAUCAUUCCUUUUAUAAAGAUUUCAGUCCUGAGACUGCUAAAAUGAAUUAAAAACUAAGAUUGAACAUUUAGUAUUUUGGUUGUGACUUUGGAAUAAAGUACGCUUUGGUGCUUUAAACUACAUAUUCAUUAUUGUAGGUAAGAAACUGGUAAAUAAGUGGCCUAAUUAGAUAUUUUACACGUAGAUAAAAUACAUCUACUAAUUCUGGGAUUGGUCAAAAUGGAUAGGGAAGAUGGUAUUAGUUCUAAAUUCACAUUAGUAUGCUAGGUCAAGAUAAUACUUAGAUUCAGUUUUCUGAGAUGUUCAUUGUAACAGUAAAGCUAAUAUAAAGAAAAUGUUUAACUUUGAGGUAUGUUAACAUAGAGACAUUUCACCCAGAAGUACGAUUGGGCUCAACGAUCCCUAAUAUUGGGCACACUGGGUCAAGUUUGGGUUAGACACAAUUGAUUUGGCUGACACCUUUUAUACAUAAGUGAAAUAUAAACAGUCCACAUGAGUUAAAGGAAAGAAUAAGGUAUGGAACAAGAAAAUGUGUCUAGCAUGAGUGGCUGACUUAACUCUUUUAUCCAGAAUAUCUUGGAACUGAGCCAUUCUAGUUUCAUCUUUAAAGUCGUUCAUUUGUCCCAGAAUGUGACUCUUUCCCAUGACAGAAAGCCCCCGGGUAGCUUGGGAGCUGGGGUACGAAGGCCGGUGGCACUGCUUGUCCUGCUGCCAUGUGCGUCACUGAGUGGGAAGCACGUUUGGACUGCGACCAUCUGAACAGGCUGAGGCUCUGUUCUUUGCGCCUCGAGCACCUAACGUUUUAACCUGCCUCCUGGGAAAUAUUUCUUAAGCAAUUUGGAAAAAUUGUUAACCAAGUCCUUUAAUAUCUAGUGACAUUUGUAUUUAAGCUGUAUACCAAUGUUUGUAUUUUCUAACCAUUAGAGGUAUUUAAACUUGUAAAUAAAAAAAGGCAAGAUGAAA